AUGGCAGAAAGUGCAGUUAGUCUACUUAUACAGAAUAUGAUCCCGCUGUUAGCCCAAGAAGCAGCACUGUUUGAGGGCAUCCACGACAAAGUAGCUAACAUCAAAGAUGAACUUGAAAGCAUUCAGUCCUUCCUCAAGGAUGCUGAUGGAAGAGCUGAAAGGGUGGACAUGAGCAAUGUUACAAAAAUAUGGGUCAAACAGGUAAGGGAAAAGGCUUAUCGUAUAGAUGAUGUCAUUGAUGAAUACAUACUUCAUCUAGCAAAACAUCGUCAAGGGCGAAGGCGACAUUUCCAUGUACUGUUGAAGGUUUUUCAGUUUAUCAUAAAACUGAAACCAAGACAUGCGAUUGCCUCUAAGAUUCAAGAUAUCAACAACGAUCUCAAGGUUAUCAGGGAGAGAGGUGAAAGAUAUGGCUUCAGCAACUUGGAGCAAGGACCAAGAAAUGACACAAAACAUGAUACAUGGCAUGACCCUCGAGUGGCAUCCCUUUUCAUUGAGGAAGCAGAGGUUGUGGGCUUUGAGUCUCCCAGAGACAAAUUGAUAGAGUGGUUGGUAGAAGGACCAUCUAAUCGCAUGGUGAUAUCAGUGGUUGGCAUUGGUGGCCUUGGCAAGACCACUCUUGUUAAGAAAGUGUAUGACAAUGAGAUUGUGGUGACACACUUUGAUUGUCGUGCUUGGAUUACUGUAUCACAAUCAUAUAAGAUGGAGGAGCUAUUAAGGGAGAUAAUAAAGCAAGUCUACAAGGCAAGAAAGGAGUUUUAUCCCAAGGAAAUUGAUACAAUGAAAGAGACAUCACUAAUUGAGAAAUUGAAGCAAUAUCUAGAUGAACUGAGGUAUGUAGUAAUUUUUGAUGAUUUAUGGGUUGUAGAAUUUUGGGAACAUGUAAAAUAUGCUUUCCCAAAGAACAACAAGGGCAGUAGAAUAGUAAUCACAACCAGAAGUGAGGAAGUUGCUCCGUCAAACAAGGAAUCUCCAUAUUAUCAUGUGUACAAGCUACCACCUCUUUCUUUAGAAAAGGCCUUAGAGCUUUUCUACAAAAAGGUUUUCCAAUGUGAUGGGGGGGAAUGUCCUCCUAUUUUUAUUGAGUUAUCACAUGCCAUUGUUGAGAGAUGCGGAGGGUUACCACUAGCAAUAGUGGCUAUAGGGGGUCUUUUGUCAACCAAAGACAAGAUUCUCUAUGAGUGGUGCAAAUUGCAUAAUAGUCUUAGCUCAGAGCUAGAAACAAAUCCCCAUCUCAUGAAUAUCACCAAAAUUUUAUCCCUCAGUUAUCAUGAUCUACCCUACAACCUCAAAGCUUGUUUCUUAUAUUUUGGCAUGUUUCCAGAAGACUAUUCUAUUAAUUGUGCAAGACUAAUUCGACUAUGGAUAGCAGAGGGUUUUGUAAAAGAAAAGAAAGGGAUAACAUUAGAAGAUGUUGCACAAAGCUAUUUGAACCAGCUCAUUCACAGAAGUUUGGUUCAAGUGGCAUGGAGUGAUGAUGUUGGCAGAUUUAGAAGUUGUCGAGUCCAUGAUAUGUUGCGUGAGGUCAUUCUUUCUAGGUCAGAGGAGUUGAGUUUCAGUUUGAUCUCAAUGCAAGACUACACAAAUUUUGAUAGAAUUGCUCGACGUCUCUCAAUUCAAAAAAAUGUAAAUACCUCUUUGAAGAGUAUUACUAGUUCCCAAACUCGUACUAUUCUCAUUUUAGGGCUAGAUGAAGUGCCCAAUUCAUUCCUUGCUAAUUCUUUUGCAAAUUUCAAGCUCAUGAAAACAAUGGAUUUUGAAGGUGCUCCUAUAGAUUACAUUCCUAAAGAAGUGGGAAACCUAUUCCAUCUAAGGUACUUAAGCCUAAGAGAUACAAAAGUACAGAUCCUUCCGAAGUCUAUAGGUAAACUACACAACCUAGAGACUUUGGAUUUGAAACGUUCCCUCGUAUCUGAGCUACCAAUAGAGAUCAGUGGGCUCCGUAAGUUACGAUAUCUUGUGGCCUACACUGUAAACAAUGAUAUUGAAUAUAGUACUGAUUUUCGACCAGCAGUAAAGAUACACAACGGCAUUGGAUGUUUACAAUCCUUACAGAAGCUUUUUAAGAUUGAAGUUGACAACCAUGCCCUUAUUGUAGAAUUGGGAAGUUUAAGACAAUUGAGGAAGUUACAAAUCUCUAAAUUGAAGAGAGAGAAUGGGAUGGUUUUUUGCACUGCAUUAGAGAAAAUGAGCAACCUUCAGUCUUUGAGAAUCUAUGCAACAAGUGAGGAGGAAGUUCUUGAAUUACAAUCGAUGUCUUCUCCUCCGCCCCUACUACAAUCUGUCGCCCUAUGUGGGCGAUUAGAAAAGUUUCCAGAAUGGAUUUCCAAACUCAUGGGUGUAGUUAGAGUUGGAUUUUUUUGGUCAAAAUUAAUUGAUGAUCCAUUGAAGGUCCUUCAAACUCUACCUAAUUUGAUGGAUCUUUGGCUUUAUGAUGGAUAUGAAGGUGAGCAAUUACAUUUUGAAGGUGGAGGCUUCAAGAAACUUAAAUGUGUUGGGCUUCGAAAUUUGAAAGGAUUGAAUAGGUUGAUGAUAGACGAAGGUUCCUUGCCUCUUCUUGAAGAGCUUCGAAUUGGACCCUCUCCACAACUAAAGGAAGUGCCCUCUAGCAUCCACUAUCUGAAAAGCCUCAAAGAUCUGAUAUUUUAUGAGAUGCCAAAUGAAUUUGUCCUUAGUUUGCAACCAGAUGGAGGCCUUGAUUUUGGGAAAGUCAAAGAUAUUCCUCGUGUCAAUUUCUGGUAUAGGACUAAAGGGGAAAGCUAUAAAGGGUACAAUCUUGGUGACCCAGAAUUGUUGGAACGUCUUCGAAGUUGA